AUGUUUGCUGUGAAAGCUCUGAUUUUGGCCUGGCUUCAAAUAAUCCUCAUUUAUCUGAGGCGAUCGAUUGAAGCCACGAACAGCUUUUGGCUCCGUGUGGUCAAAAGAAGGAGGACAAGGCAUUCCUCGUGGGCUCUGCAUGACAUACACCAACAACCACAGCGAGUCCACCGAAGCAGCAGAGCACGAGCACGAGCACGAUGGAUCGCGCUGGCAGGUAUCCGUGUUCCAAGACGCUACUGGGUCUAUCCCAGAAGCAAUGAUUGGUGGGACAAUUUUGUCACCGCUAUAUGGGAUGACGAAUUAUGGAUACAGAACUUUCGCAUGGCCCGGUCCACCUUCAAUGAGCUGGUGGCAUGCAUUGGCCCAAGACUGGCAAGGCAGGAUACCAGACUUCGCCGUGCAAUCCCCGUGGAGAAGAGAGUGGCCAUUGCUAUCUGGUACCUGGCCAACUGCUACCACUACCGGGGCUGCAUGAACCAGUUCGGCGUGGGACUGUCUACAGUCGCAGGGAUAGUUCUGGAGGUUUGCUUUGCUAUCAAGGCAGAGCUGCUAAGCAAACUAGUUUGCUUGGGACAAGAUGUGGCAAAGAUCAUGGCUGGGUUUCAGCAGCUUGGAUUUCCACACUGCAUUGGGGCAGUGGAUGGCACGCACAUCGCCAUUUGCCAAUUCAAGGGAAGAGGUCAUGAGUAUAGCAACAGAAAAAAGUUCAACUCAAUCCUGAUACAGGGAACAGUGGACCAUACAGGGCGAUUCAUUGAUGUGGAGGUCGGUUGGAGUGGCCGCAACCAUGACGCCUUUGUUUUUGCCAAUUCUGCCAUCUGUGAAGCCAUGGAUGCUGGGGCAUUUGUGCCGGGGAACCCAUGUCUUACUUUGGAAGGGGUUGCUGUUCCUCCACUAAUAAUAUCGGAUGCGGCAUAUCCCAUGAGAAGAUGGCUGAUGAAGCCUUAUGGCACACCAUCCACCCCUGCGGAGCGGCACUUCAACAAAUGUUUGACCCGCUCCAGAAAUGUGGUUGAACAUGCUUUCGGUCGGCUGAAGGGCCGUUGGAGGUGUCUCAGAUCAUGCCUGCUGGUUGCAGAGGAGAAUGUCACCAGCAUUGCUGUAGCAUGCGUUGUCCUCCAUAAUCUGUGCGAGCAAAAGGGACAUGGCUAUGUAGAGGACGAUGCACCAUUGCAGCAGGUGCAACUCACAGAGGACCAACCAUCAGUCCCCGUGUGGCCUAGACGUCACCUGGAGCAGGGAAAGGUGGUUCGCGAUGUCCUCGCCAGGCAUAUGUUGAGUCAAGUGCAGCAUCAGUAA